GGGACAUGCCCGCUAUGGACAAGAGGAAGAAGCCCUCCCCUCCACAGGCGGAGACUGUCCUGUUCCUCCUACUGGGGGAGAUGAGUCUGACUCAGACUCUGACACCGAACUGGAUGUGGAGAAGUGGAAGAAACUGGCACGGGAACUGUCAGACACUGAUAUUGCCAAAAUAGACGCCAUCACUGCACUGAAUGCUCCACCUGCUCCCACCUCACCUGCCUCAGCAGCAAAGAAAACAAGAGCACCGAGGAAGCCCAGGGCUAAAUCUGCACUGGAAACACCCCCCAAUCCCAGGGCCAAAUCUGCAACGAAAACACCAAAACCCAAGGCUGACGCUGCAGUGAAAAGGGCUGGUCAUGCUAAAAAGUUCAAAGCUACAACUGAAAAGAAAGCCAUGGCUAAGGAGAAUGGGAAGACCAAGACACCAGCAAAAGCCAGUAAAGCCAAGUCUAUUCAAGUGAAGAAGGCAUCACCUCCCUCCCCAUCCCCUGAAGGCCAAGCAGAGGAGAUCAACAAUAAUACAGCUGACCUAAAAACUGUAGCAGACAAACAGCCACCCUCCAUGCUCUCUACCACAACACUUAAUGGAAAACAGACAGCCAAGAAAGGAAAGAGGAAAAAUGGGAACAUUAGUAAGGCUAAAGCAGAUAAGAAUCUACCAGAACCCAAGAAGAAGAAAAAGAAAAAGGAGAUUGUAGAAGAGAAGACGGAACCAGAGAAGAAGAAAAAGGAGAAGACGACUAAGGAGAAUGGGUCAGAAAAAGAGAAGGAAAGAAAGAAGAAACAGGAGAAGAUGAGCAGGGACAAUGUGACUGAGAAGAAACAGGAGAAGAUGAGCAGGGACAAUGAGAUUGAGAAGAAACCAGAAAAAGAAAAGAACAAGACUAAAGGGAAUGGCGUUAAAACUGACCCACAACCUCCAACAGAGAAGAAGAAAAAGAAGAACAAGCUGAAACUCUCAGUGGAGAUUGCAGUGCCUGAGACUCCGGUCACCCCCGCCCAAGACUUCAUCCCUGUACAGGCAUCCACAAAGACCCCUCCUAAAAAGGUAAGGAAGCUAUCAUCCUCAUCUUUACCAAGGUGUAGAAGUAGUAGCAAGACAGACACACAUGCUUUUUCUUGACGUUGAAUUCCAGCAUGUUUAUACUGCUCACUGCAUGCCUUCGUCCUCAGACCUAUAACUGUUGCAAUAUACAGAGCCUUAAAUAUUUUUGUUUUUGUUCUCCUCAGAAAAAUAAAUUAUCUAAGAGUAAAUCAGGCCUUUAGAGAUGGUCACCUACAAUGGGGCUGUGUCAAGUGUGGACCUGGACCCAGGAUUCUACCUAAAUGGUAGUAGAGCAAUAAUGGUAAAGACUGUCUGUCCACACAAUG